AUAAAAUCAAAUAUAAAUCACAGCUGUUGUGCCUUCCAGGCUACGCUGCGAUACAGAAGUAUUUUCGGGCGCAGGACGGAUUGCAAAGUAUUUGGAACUGUGGGGACGAGGCCUCGGGCGUUUUUCCUGGUUAUGCUUUCUUUCGGCACGAGAAAACCAAGUCCCCGAAAGCCGGGAGUGAGUGAAACAUUCUUCACAGUCGCCCAAUGGGUGGAUCAGCAGUUUCUGACGCUGAAAAGGCUGGGGACGAGUUAUGUGUGGAGGCUUGCGGGCAAGCCCCAAAACGUUUCCACAACGUAUAGCAAGAUUGAAACAUGUCGAAUAAACACUCCGUGGAAUCUUGCUGUGCGUCGAAUACCAGCAAGCGACAAUGUCCUCCAGCCAGAAGAGCGCUGUGUCGGAAGUGCCGUACAAGUGUCUUGGCCAUUCCUUCACAUCUACGAGCUCCGUAAUUUCAGCACGGCGGGCUAG